UCUCGUGUUCCGGUUUCACUCCAGCUAGCUUCGCGCGGUAAGAGUUUAUGCAACCGGCCUACAGCACAGCCACUGUUAUGUAACUGAGUCCUGAUGUCAGAUCACGUGUCAACAGAUGAGGGGAAACUGCUGACGGCAUCAUUUUCAAUGAAAACGCUCUGAAAGGUCCUCUGUGUAGAACCUCAUACAUUUUUCAUCAUGCAGUUGGAGGCUCAGCUGCGUCUAUGUCAGAGCGGUCUUUGGUGCUGCAAGAAUGGGCUGCGUUUGCUCUCCCAGAGCUAUGCACACAGAAAAGCUGUUAACUACUACGAUCUCCUUGGAGUCAAACCUAAUGCCCCCUUGGAGGAUAUAAAAAAUGCAUUUUUCAACAAAUCUAAGAAGCUGCACCCAGACAGCGACCUGUCCAACCCAGCGCUGCACAGUCAGUUUGUGGAGCUGAGCGAAGCCUACCGAGUGCUGAGUAAAGCGCCGAGCAGGAAGGAGUACGACUUCAAAAUCAGACAUCCACACAGUGGGGGCCAGGUCUUCAGAUCUAACUCCAGUCACGCCAGCUACAAAGCCAGUACCAAUGCUCAAGAUAACUCUCGUUACUGGGAGCAGUUUCAUCAGUCUCAAGCACCGGAGAUGACUGCAGAUAAUUGGCAGAAGAGGAGGAAGAAGAAGAACUUGCACAUUGUGGGCUACUGCGUCCUCACUAUGUUGCUCGGCAUCGGAGUCCACAUUGUCUUCUUCAGGAAACUGGAAAAAGUUCACAAUAACUACAUGGACGAGAAAGACAGAGUAAUCACGAACAUUUAUAAUGAAUCCAAAGAGAGGGCCAGAGUCAACGGUUUUAAGAAACAGACUGAAAUCCUGCGACAGAAACACGCCGAGUUUCUGGAGAAAUACAAAAUCCGAAAAGAUGGAGAUGACAAGUAGGAGAGUCUCCAGCCGUGGUUUCUGAUGAUGACGGAGUUUGCACUGCCAGCAGGUUGGAGACAGCAGGAAACUGGAUGUGGUACUUCUUUUAGGAUUAAAACAUUUUUUUGUCCGUGUUUGUCCUCAGUUGGGAUGCUGAGGACUUGAAGACACACAAAAGAUGGGUGGGAUGUUGGAGAGUUUUAUCUGGUCAUACAGGUGUUUUCUUCCUGACCAAGCUGCACAUCAGACUGGACCGACCUGUUGAACCAUUUAUACUUACUGUAGGAUAUUUGAAGUGAUGUGACGGUCAAAAGGAGCAAACGAACCAGUCACAAAGACUUAUUUAAAUCUGGGAAAUGUUUAAGGUUUAGCAUUUACGACAAUGCUUUUGCAGUUAAUUUGAUAACUAACAUUAAAUGCAUAAAUACAAAAAUACCUUUCAAGAACACUGGCACCGUACAGAACAGCUCCUCACUCGCCAUAUUCCUGAAAAGAAUAAGAGACAUCUUCCGGCAGGUACACGUCCACCCGGCCUGGUCCCCAAUCUUCUUCUUCUGUUGAGUUUUAUGGCUGGACUUCCCUUGGCCAAUCAGGUUCUGCCAUUGCCAUGGCAUAUAUAAAACAAUGCAAGACAGAAAUGUCCCUAAACAGGCUGGUCUCCUAAAAAUGACGUUGCCAUACAACCAACCUGCAUUGUCAUUUACGUUUUGAGGGAAAUGUAUUUUCUCCCGGAUUACGUUUGUUUUGGAUGCAUCAACAAAUACGUUGAGUAAUCAAAGUCCACGGAAGUCCGCAUAUAGAGGAGUUUGGACUUGGUGGGCGGGGUCGGUCAAACAAACAUGGGACUUUCACCCAGGAGACCGGUGUUCGUGUCUCGUGUGAACCCAAAGGUCAACGAUGAGCCAAAGCUAAAUCAUGAUCUUUUACUACACCUGACCAAGUGGCUUUGUUUUAAAUUACAAUGUUAACCACGUGUUUAAAACUGAAACUGUAACCUGGGAGAAAAAUAGUUCCUCUCGUAAUUGAGAGUUGCAGUUUAGUUAUUUGGGAACAUCAUUUUGUAGGAGAAAGAACUCGAUGUAGUGUGUGAAGAGUGGAAAUCACUAAAAGACCCAGAAAUGUACCAGAAACUGUGUGAAAGAGGCUUAACUGUAAUGCCAAUAUAUUUAUUGCUGAAAGUGAGUCGUAUUGAUGAAAAUCAUAUAUUGUGUUGCACAAGAGGAUGUGUCCUCUCAGGUUUGAUGAGAUGAUUGAGGAGAAUGAAGAAUAACACGUGCAAAGUCAAACGUUUCAUCAAUAAUGGUUUUGUCAGGCACGUGGUCAAAACGUGCUGAAUGCCCGUUUACUUUCCACAGUUUUGGAUCGUAAUCCUCGCUGUCAAACUCCUGAUUAUUCCCUCUGCUGAGCCUGUGUGUUACUGUAGAGAUGCAACACCGUGCAUAUGUAAAGGUCUUCAUCUAUUAGAAAUGGAGUCAGAGAAGAAGAUCAAUAUUAUGACUUGAAAAGAGUGCCACUGAGUCAUUUACAUAUAGUCAAACUAUUGUAUUUAUAAUGAGACAAUGACAAUGUUCACAUGGAAAGGAAAGAUGUUCAAUAUUUACCACUUUGCCUCUGAGUUUUUAGAUAUUUUUGUUGUUUUUCAGUUUUUGACUGCCUUACCUAUUCCCUGAAGGGAUGUCAGAGGGAAAUUAUUAAAAGAUCAUCUUUUUCUCAUCAAUCAUUACUUC